UUUUUAUCAGUGAUAUUUACGUUGAAUCUAAUAUCUUAUCUGAAACCUGUCACAUAAGAAAAAGACCAUUUCCGAUCAAAUUUGUUUCGAUUGUCAGCAUCAGUGAGCACGAUGAUAAAAAGUGAAGUAGCUAUUACGCCUAUUAGUUAGAUACAGUGAAGAUGAAAACUCGCGAGCUUCGGCCGACGAAACUAAGUCAAAAAGGUACACGUAGUCCAAAGUUGGAUAAGCGGACCGCGAAACAAGAGGUACGGCGUUCGAAAAAUACAUCGACACAAAUCCCGACCCCCGGUAGCCCGCGGGAAAGGGCCAAGAGGUCCGGGAUCGAGGCCGUCAAACUACACCUGCAAGCCACCGGAGGCACCGGCAGGACUUCACGUUCAGCCACAUCGGUUCGAAAAACGAGCAUCCGAAUGACUGCAAUUAAAGAAUAUCCUUUCGACCUUAGCGAUUUGCAAAAGCAAAACGCAGGAGGCGAGCAACGACGCGCGCCGGAACUCAACCCCGAGCAGCUGCCCCUUCCUGCGAUCGCGCCUAUAACCGCUACGGAAACCGCUCCCGCUGAAGGCAAGAGAAAAGUUUCUAUUAUGGCUGACGAAAAAAGCAAAGACAGAGAAAAUCUGCCAUCAGACAGGAAUGGCCGGGUGUCAGCGCAAGCGGAAGGGCCAUCGCGCCGCAAGAGCAAUCUACACAAUGCCAUGGCGGCCGAAAUGGACUCCUCAUGGGAUCGGCCGGCACACAUCGAGGGCAGGUAUAAAAAAUAUUCAACAACUUCUUCCGUAUAUUCCAAGAAAGCACUAUCUCAUCAAAGCGAACAUAUCGAAAGGUCCUGGUGGUACGCCUGCUGCCAGAAGUGUCAUCAAGAGGACUCUGGGACUCCCUCCUGGGAGCCACCGCAUUGGCAAAAAAUUUGUCCCUACCCACUAUGUCCAUCUUACAGACAUUUUGCUCAAACACUUUCCAUAUUUUUAAUUGGUAUUUUGGUAUGGGUGAUUAUCUGGAUAGUGAUGGGAGAGACGGCGGCGCCGGGCGGGCAGUUGUUCACACUCGCUGUGCUCACUAUCGCCGCAUACUUCGGCGGCUGGGUUAUGGUCAAAGUGACCACGCUGCCCGCCCUCAUCGGAAUGUUAAUUGUUGGAAUUGUAAUGAAAAAUAUUGGAUUCGUGAACUUUAAUGAAAGCUACGAGCACGUAUGUUCUUACAUAAGGAAAAUAGCUUUAACGAUUAUUCUUACCCGAGCUGGUUUGGAUCUCGAUCCGGUCGCAAUGAAAAAAUUCUUCUUCACCGUUAUAAAGCUUGCUCUAAUACCCUGGACAUUUGAAUGCGUGUUGUGCGCAGUGAUGGCCAAUUUACUACUCGGCCUACCUUGGGAUUGGGCGUUCCUACUGGGCUCGAUAAUAGCGGCGGUAUCGCCGGCUGUGAUCGUGCCGUGCCUAUUCCGGCUGCGUGGCAAGGGCUACGGUGUCUCCAAGGGCAUCCCCACGCUGGUGCUAGCGGUGUCCGGCGUUGACGAUGCGGCCAGUGUCGCUGUCUUUGGCAUCGUCUCCUCUAUCAUGUUUGGAAGUUCUUCUAUAACGAUGAAUAUCAUACAGGGUCCAUUCAGUGUGAUCGGUGGGAUAGCUUUCGGAGUCGUUUGCGGCUACCUCGUGAAAUACAUUCCGGAGAGAAAUGACGCUUUCCUAGUGCCACUGCGAGUCCUGCUUCUACUUACCGGAGGUCUCAUGUCUGUUUUCGGAUCGGAAGAAAUCGGUUGGGGUGGAGCUGGCCCAUUAGCCGUUAUUGCGUUCGCAUUCGUCGCGUGUAAGAACUGGGCCGAGCAGGGAUGGGAACUUGAGGACAAUCCUGUUGCAACCGCAUUCGAAAUUUUCUGGAUGUUCUUCGAACCGAUGCUGUUCUCUGUCACUGGAGCACAAGUUGUUAUUGCAGAUUUAGAGCCGCAUCUAGUGCUAGUUGGUGGCGGUAUCCUGGUGACGUGCGUGGUGCUGCGCGCUAUCCUGACAAGCGUGUGCGCAGUGCGCAGCAACCUCAACAUGAAGGAAAAGGUGUUCGUCGGUCUCGCCUGGAUGGCCAAAGCUACCGUACAGGCCGCAUUAGGUCCUGUAGCUUUGGAUGAAGUUCGCAAGAUGGCGACCGCCGACGGCCAGCCCGUGCCCGAGAUGCUGCAGUACGCGGAGACAGUGCUGACCGUGUGCAUCAUGUCCAUUGUGAUCACCGCCCCCCUCGGAGCCAUGGUCAUCACUAUAACUGGGCCCAGACUGCUCUCUAAAACUACCAAGCCUCCUGUUUUGGAAGGUUGGCGACGAUCACAUCGUCCAUCUAUUCGAGACAUAUCCAUCAUCGAUGAAGAAGAGGUCGCUGAACGCGAAUGCGAGGCAGAAGCCAACCACUCAUCACCAGAGGACAGUCCCGCAGCGCCCAACGCAUACAGCAGCCCCACGCCUGCGCCAGUGCCCGUCACCGUACAACCUAACCACCGAACUUGACCGCUGCCACCUCGGCACAAUUCUCUUACCGUCCAUUGUACUUAUUCAUUCCACAGCACAACUGCUUGUUCGAGCAACAGUUCAAAAAAUGCACAAAUAUACAUGAUUCGAAACAUCCGUUAUUUAAAAUCAAAUAACUACGUUAUUUCGAGAUUCGUUUUGUUAUUUAGGAUUUUAAAUCUGUUGAUACUUAGUACGGAGUACUUAAUGAGUUGCGAUAGAGCACGUACAUUUAUUUUAUCCGCAGCUAUCGCAUAACAAGCGUUGGAAACGAAUUAAACAAACUAUUUGUAUUCAAAACUACGAACUUAAUUAGCUGAUGUGAUAAAUGUGUAUACUAAUGUUUAAUGGAUUAGAAUAAACCUCGCCUUUACACUUUUAUAUUAGGUAAUGUUACCAUUUGAAAAAAAAGUUUGAGUAUUAUUUAAAGUAAGUAUCUUUUGUUGUAAUUAUUUGUUAUUCGCAUAGUUCUUGAUAAGUAAUUGUUAAAUGAGAUCAGUAUUGUUGUGACAUCAGCAUUAAUCUAACGUAUGUUUUAAAUUUAAGAAACUUGUAAUCGAUUUAUUUUAAGAAUAAUAUACCAAUUAGUAGUUCCUUAAUGCGUCGCAUUGUACUUUUGUAAUGUAUACUUAAAUUAAUCAGAUUUGUAACUUAGUAAUGAAAAAUACAUCUUAUUCGGUUCAUACGAAGUACCUACCUAAUAAAUUUAAGGCCAAAUAAUUUAUUAAAUAUACAAAAGUCAUGAAUAUUCAAUCGUUUUAUUCACGAUCUUUUGCGAUUUAAUAUUUAAAAAAAAAAACACUAAAUUAUAUCCAAUUUAACGUAAUUCUUGGGACCAAUUAUGUAAUUAAAACAAUCCCUGUGAUUUAUUAUAACCUGGUACAAAGAUGUAACUUUUUUAUUAAUAUACUUCAAUGUUUUUAUAAAUAUGUGAUCCUA